AUGAAAGUUUCAUUACUUCUUUCACAAUUCUGUUUUGCCGGGUUAAUUUCGGCAGCUUUUGUUGACCCACUUCCAGCUCCAAGAAAUGUCACUUGGGGUAACAGUGGUUCGAUUACCUUUGCGGACAAACCAGACCUCCAUGUCGACGGAGCUAGUAAUGAUGUUCUCUUACAAGCAUUCGAAAGAAUGUGGACCACUGUAACAGAUUUAAAAUGGAUCCCUUACUCUGUUGCAGCCAACAUUACUCAUGGUUCUGUGCUGCAAAAAAAAUUAUCCAACAUUACAGUUUCCCUUAGUGAUGAGAAGUCUGACUUGCAAUUAGGAGUUAGUGAAACUUAUACCCUUGACGUCACUGAAGACGCUGUUGUUAUUGAAGCAGAUACCGUUUGGGGAGCCCUUCAUGCUUUCACGACAUUGCAACAACUUUUUAUUUACAACAAGGAAUCUCAAAACUAUUACAUCGAAAACCCUGUCAGUAUUUGGGAUGAGCCAUUGUACCAACAUAGAGGUAUUAUGCUUGACACUGGUCGUAACUUCUUAUCCAAGGGUAAGAUUAUGCAACAAAUUGAAGUUAUGGCACUUUGUAAAUUGAACGUUCUCCAUUGGCACAUGGUGGACACUCAAUCAUGGGCAAUUGAAAUUAAAACCUACCCUGAGAUGAUCAAAGAUGCUUAUUCCGACAGAGAAUCAUUCUCCCAAGAAGAUAUUCUUGAUAUCAUUCAAUAUGGUAAAACCCAUGGUGUUAGAAUUGUUCCUGAAGUUGACCUUCCUGGACAUGCUAACUCUGGGUGGAAAAGAGUUGACCCCUCCAUUGUCGCAUGUGGAAACACAUUCUGGGCUGACACUGCUGUUGAACCAGGUCCGGGCCAACUUGACAUUCUGUCCAAUAAGACUAUUCAAGUUGUUAAGAAUGUUUACAAAGAAUUGAGUAAACUUUUCCCUGACAAUGUUUUCCAUAUUGGUGCCGAUGAAUUGCAAGCAACUUGUUGGAACACCUCCAGUGGUAUCCUUGACUGGUACAAGUCACAUCCAGCGUCCCCAUCAAAGGGAAGUGGAUUCAUUCAACUUUUACAAUACUGGGUUGACAUGAUGUAUCCUUUCUUCACAAAGAGCAAGCGUAUUACAACUUGGCAAGAUUUUAUUACCGAUGGGGUUAAUGUUCCAAAGGAUACUAUUAUUCAAACUUGGAAUGGUGGUGCAUCAUCUACCAAAAACCUUACCAGUCUGGGUUAUGAUGUUAUUGUUUCUACUGCAGAUUUCUUAUAUCUUGAUUGUGGAUAUGGUGGAUUUGUCACGAAUGAUCCACGUUAUUUGGACCUUGCAAAGAAUGAUGAAUUCAAUGAAGGUGCAGGUGGUUCUUGGUGUAACCCUUACAAGACUUGGCAAAGAAUUUACAACUAUGACUUUGCUGAUGGACUCACAGAAGAAGAAAACAAGCGUGUUCUUGGUGCAGAAGUUGCACUUUGGAGUGAACAAGUCGAUUCUACAGUUGUUACCCAAAAGUUAUGGCCAAGAGCUGCUGCUUUAGCCGAAUCUACCUGGAGUGGAAACAAGGAUGAUAAGGGUGACUACAGAGCUUACUACUUUACUCAAAGAAUCAACGAAUUCCGUGAAUAUCUUGUUGAAAUGGGUGUUGACGCAAGUCCAUUGGUUCCAAAGAUGUGUGUGAAGUAUCCUCACACAUGUGACUUUUACAAAGACCCUCUUGAGUUGAACAAGUGGAAUACUACUACCGCUGCUUAG